UUAUGAUUCUGGGUUCGUUGAAUGCGGCUUCAAGCUUUUCGCUCUUUGCCCUCUUUGCCCUCCAUCAUACUACUGCUCCCUCUUUGCCCUCACCGUCCUCCAAAACUAGCUGAAGACAUUCCCCAAAUCGGUCAAAAUUGAAAAGUUCAUUCCAAUUCUCGAUAUUCAAAGCUUUGUUGUUUUCAUUGAUGGGUUUGCCGAGGUUUGGGCGUCCCAAGAAUGGUGUUGAACUGAGUCCAAACCUGUAUGUGGCAAAUUGUGGACCUGCUGUGGGGAUCUCCCAUGAUGACAUUGCAUCUGUUUUCUGCAAAUUUGGUGAGCUCAAAGGGGUUUAUGCAGCUGAUGAGAGUGGCACACGUGUCAUUGUGUCUUUCUCUGAAGAGGGUUCUGCACAAUCUGCAUUCAAGGCAUUAGAUGGAACCCCAUGUCCUGAACUCGGAGGAAGGUCCUUGCAUAUUCGUUAUUCAGUGAUUCAGCCAACUCCAAAGGAUGAAGUUAGUGACAUGGUUCCAGUAUCUAUUAAUGCAUCGGAAUUGAGUAUUCCAGGACUUUACCUAGUGCACAACUUCAUUAGCGCUAAAGAAGAAGAGGAAUUACUCCAAGCUGUUGACAGUCGGCCUUGGAACAGUCUUGCCAAAAGAAGGGUUCAACACUAUGGUUAUGAAUUUCGUUACGAUAUUAGGAAUGUUAAUACAAGGCAUUGCUUAGGUGAGCUUCCAUCUUUUGUUUCUCCAAUACUUGAAAGAAUCUCAUCAUGUCCAACUUUCAAGAGUGCUGAACAUAUUGUUUUGGACCAACUUACUGUAAAUGAGUAUCCUCCUGGGGUGGGCUUGUCCCCCCAUAUAGAUACCCAUUCAGCAUUCGAAGAUUUAAUUUUCAGCCUUUCAUUAUCAGGGCCUUGUAUAAUGGAGUUCAGAAAAUAUGAAAAUGGUGAUUGGCAUACUAAAGUUGCCUCAAGUGCUGUUUCAGAAGGAGGAAGUCCGGAAGACGAUUCAAAUUUUUUAAGGAAGGCUAUCUAUCUACCCCCUCGAUCUUUGCUACUCUUGUCUGGAGAAGCACGUUAUGCAUGGAACCAUUAUAUUCCACACCACAAGAUUGACAAAGUGAACGGCAGAGUCAUCAGAAGGGCAUCAAGAAGGGUCUCUUUCACAUUUCGAAAGGUUAGAACAGGUGCAUGCGAAUGUGAAUUCCCUCAGUAUUGUGACUCCCAACGAUAAUGUUUAUUAAACUAUUCUUCCACCUUAACCUAUGACAACAUUCUAGAAGACUUAUCCUCCUGUUGCUCAAUCUCCUCAAUUCUUUUACCAAUUAAUCUUGUUUUAUCAUUGAUAUAGGAACCAUUUUUUUUGUGCACUUUGAUCCAUAACUCUCCUCUACCAAUUCUUUUCCCUUGUUCUUCCGACUCUUCUUCCAUCCGCAGUGCAAAGCUUUUCGAACCACCAGUGUGGAUAUAUAGUUGCUUUGAUCGAUUAAUCGCGUUUUUUCUGCACUUCUCCUUUGUCUCAGUUUCGGCGGGAGUGACCGUUAAGGAACAAUCUCCAAUGCUCUCGAUCAAUUCCCGGCAGACUUUGCUCAAUGUUUCUUCAGUCGUAAAUGUUGGCUCGUAAAAAGCAUCGUACAACCUCAGCCUUGCUUCUUUCCAAAACUUCUCCAUACUUUUCAAAAUAUUUUUCUUGACAGUUCCUUCAUUAUCUUCAUCAAAGUAGAAAAUUUGCUUGAUGCAUUCGUUAUAAACCUUGUCUUUAGUGGUAAUCUUACGCCAACUUUCCUCACAGAUAGAAAAUUUUCCAUAGUCAGAUCCCAGCAGACCAAGCACGCAACUCAACAGUCCAGUUUCGUCUCCAAUUACUUGCUUUACACUUUUGAACCUAAGCACGAUCUUCCUUUCGUUAGGCCGUUCCAUAGCCUCCCUCACGCUUAGUCUUGCCGGCGUGAUUGUGCCGUCAGAAUUGCCCAAAACUCUGUAGUCUUGCGUCUUGGACAAUUCUGACGGCACAAUCAAGACUAAGCGUGAGGGAGGUUAUGGAACGGCCUAACGGUAGGAAGAUCGUACUUAGGUUUAAGAGUGUAAAGCUAGCAAUUGGAGACGAAGCUGGACUGUUGAGUGGUGUGCUUGUUCUGUUGGGAUCUGACUAUGGAAAAUUUUCUAUCUGUGAGAAAAAUUGGCGUAAAAUUACCACUAAAGACAAGGUUUAUAAUGAAAAGAUAGUGAAGGAACUAUCAAGAAAAAUAUUUUGAAAAAUAUGGGGAAGUAUUGGAAGGAAGUAAAGCUGAGGUUGUACGAUGCUUAUUACGAGCCAACAUUUACGACUGAAGAAACAUUGAGCAACGUCGCCGAGAAUUGAUCGAGAGCAUUGGAGAUGGUUUCUUAAUUGUCGCGCCCGCCCGCCGAAGCUGAGACAAAGGAGAAGUGCAGGAAAAACGCGAUUAAUCGAUCAAAGCAACUAUAUACCCACAUUGGUGGUUUGAAAAGCUUUGCACGGCGGAUGGAAGAAGAGUAUGAAGAACAAGGGAGGAGAGUUAUGGAUCAAAGUGCACAAAAAAAGAUGGCUCCUAUAUCAAUGAUGAAGCAAGAUUAAUUGGUGAAAGAAUUGAAGAGAUUGAGCAACAAGAUGAGUCUUCUAGAGUGUUGUCAUGGGUAGGUGGAAGAGUAGUUUAAUGUUUUACGAAGUGAAGGAGAAAGCAUCAAAUAUCUAUGACACUGAGAGUUGCUGAGGUGUUCAUCCUGCUGAUGAAAUGUGGUUUCACUCCGAUAUUACAUAACAAUACGAUGGGGUUAUUCUGGAA